AUGAAGCUCCUAGAUGCCGCCCUACUAGGCCUCAUACCAGCCUUUAUCACCUUCCACCUCCUCCUGGCCCCAGACACAAAAGUAGAGGAAUCCUUCAACAUCCAAGCGACCCACGACGUCCUCGUCUAUGGCACCCCUACCCACGACGUCGCCGCCCGGCUGAGGGCAACCUACGACCACUUUGACUUCCCCGGCGCCGUGCCCCGCACUUUCGUCGGCGCCGUGCUGCUCGCCGGCCUCGGCGGGCCCCUCGUCAACCUCGUCGGCUUCGCCCACGCCCAGCUCGUCGUCCGCGGGCUGCUGGGCCUCGCCAACGCCGCCGCCCUUGUGGUAUUUGCGAGGAGCUUGGGCAAGGCGCUGAGCAUGGGCGUCAUGAGGUGGUGGGUUCUGUUGCUCGUUAGCCAGUUUCACAUCGUCUUUUACGCGUCGAGGACGUUGCCCAACAUGUUUGCCUUUGCGUUGACAACCCUCGCGUCGGCCAAUCUCCUCCCGAACCAAUCCCCUCAAUCCCACCUCCCGCGUCUCCGCGUCGCAAUCUCCCUCCUCGUCUUCGCCGCGGCAAUCUUCCGCUCAGAAGUCGCCCUCCUCCUCGCAACCACAGGUCUCCACCUCCUCCUCACUCGCCAACUCACGAUCCCAAAGCUCAUCCGCCCUUUCCUCAUCUCCUUCGCCGUCGCCAUCGCCGUAUCCGUGCCGCUAGACUCGUACUUUUGGCAACGCCCCCUCUGGCCCGAGCUCUGGGGCUUCUACUACAACGCCGUCCUCGGUUCCUCGUCCAACUGGGGCGUCUCCCCCUGGCACUACUACUUUUCCUCCGCCCUUCCGCGGCUGCUCGUUAACCCCCUGAUUUUCACUCUCUUGAUCCCGCUGGCUCUCGCGCAGCCGGGCACGGUCCACUCCGCCGCCGGACUGGUGAUCCCGCCCCUCCUCUUCGUAGCCAUCUACUCCAUCCAGCCGCACAAGGAAGCCCGUUUCAUCUUCUACGUCGUCCCGCCCCUGACGGCAGCCGCCGCCCAGGGCGCCAACUUCAUCUUUGUCCGCCGCAAAAAGUCUGCCCUAUACACGCUUGGCUCCCUGGUCCUCGGCCUCAGCGUCCUCGCCUCCAUCGCCGCCUCCACGGGGAUGCUCCUCCUCUCCUCGCUAAACUAUCCAGGCGGCGACGCCAUCCGCGAGCUCCACGCCCUCGUCGCGGCGUCCCCCUCCAGCUCCGUGACGACCGUCCACACUGAUGUACUAAGCUGCAUGACUGGCGUGACCCUUUUCACCCAGAACCGCGUCGGUCUGCCCAAGAACCCGCACUCCCGCGCCCUCGAGUCCUCCCUCCACGAGGACUCCUCAUCAUCUUUGGGCAUGUCGUCCGGUCCGAUCCUCGCAUUCGACAAGACGGAAGAGAAAUCUGUCAUCUCCAACCCGGGCUUCUGGUCCCGCUUCGACUUCGUUCUCGCCGAAGAUACGGCGUCCGUGAAGGGUGGCCAAUGGGAGACGAUGGGUGUCGUGCAGGGGUACGCCGGCGUCGAGGUGCUGAAGCCGGGUUCCCAGACAUCAUCGGCCGGGGCUGGGGCCGGUGACGAUGAGAAAGGGGAGGGCAGAAUCCUGGGCAGAGGGCUCGUGGUGAAGCGGGUACGUGAUAUAGUACGGGGGUGGACGGGCGGCUGGUGGGUUGGUCCGCGCAUGGAGCCCCGCGUACGGAUUAUGAAGCGGGCUAAGGAUGUUGGUGGCGCCGGUGCCCGCAUAGUGUCUUCAUAA